AUGGUUUCUGAGACUGAGGACAAGGUCCGUUUGAUUCGAGAUCGGCUGAAAAUAGCUUUUGAUAGGCAUAAGUCUUAUGUGGAUCUGAAACGUCAAGAGAUAGAGUUUUCUGUAGAGGAUUUAGUUUUUCUCAAAUUAGAGCUACCUCUGGAGUUAGACCGCAUCCAUGAUGUGUUUCACGUCUCGAUGUUGAGGCGCUACCGCUCUGAUCUCAUACAUAUUGCUCUUGUAAAGGAGAUUGAGGUUCGACCAGAUCUGACCUUCAAGGAGGAGUCAGUUCAGAUUCUGGAUCGCAAUGUUAAGGUUUUGAGGAGGAAAUUCAUUCCUUUAGUAAAGGUGCUAUGGCAGAAUCAUAGCACUGAGGAGGCUACGUGGGAGCCUAAGGAUACAAUGCACUAG